AUGGCCAUCACUGAGGUAUGGGACGGUGUGGCAGAGGUACACAUGGCUCUGAACAACCAGGCCACUGGGCUCCUGAACCUCAAGAAGGACAUCCGGGGCGUGCUAGAGCAGAUGGAGGACAUUCAGCUGGAGAUUCUGGGGGAGCGGGCCCAGUGCCGCACCCAGGCCAGGAAGGAGCAACAGAUGGAGUGCACGGAGAAAGGGAGGCCACAGCUGGAAUGUUCCGAGGGCCUCAAGGGCCAGCUCUGGCUGCUGGCYCUGAGGCUGCUACUGGGCGCCCUGCUGGCCUGCACCGCUGCCUACGUGUACGUGGUGGACCCCGCACCCUUCGAGGGGCUAGUGCCGCCCCUGAUGAGCCGAGCCGCCGUCUGGAAGCUCCGGGCCCUACUGGGCCCCUUCCUGCGCCUCGAGGUGGACGACUUCCUGCCCUUCUAG